CUGCUCCCUACUGGUUGGAUGAACCCAAGAACCUCAUCCUGGCUCCUGGUGAGGAUGGGAGACUGGUGUGUCGAGCCAAUGGGAACCCCAAACCCACUGUCCAGUGGAUGGUGAAUGGGGAACCUUUGCAGUCGGCACCACCCAACCCAAACCGUGAGGUAGCCGGGGACACCAUCAUCUUCCGAGACACCCAGAUCAGCAGCAGGGCCGUGUACCAGUGCAACACUUCCAACGAGCACGGCUACCUGCUAGCCAAUGCCUUCGGGGCUUUUUCCACUGCCCCCAUGGUCUCUCCACUGGUUGCUGCCCUGCUCCCUUGGGCCAAUCCUUUCUCAGUAUGCUGUGUGUUCUGCUGCUCUGUCGUGAGGUUUAAGAAUGGACAAGGGAGCAACCUGGAUGGUGGAAACUACCAUGUCUAUGAGAAUGGCAGUCUGGAAAUUAAGAUGAUCCGUAAAGAGGACCAAGGCAUCUACACCUGUGUUGCCACGAACAUCCUGGGCAAAGCUGAAAACCAAGUCCGCCUGGAGGUCAAAG